GCGCCAUCUUGGGCGUGGGGGUCGGAGGCGCUGCCUCUCCCGCGGCCGGCAGCCGCUGCCUUGAGGUUCGCGUUCUCCCCCGCGGCUGGCGGCGCCGGCUGCUGCUCGGCCGGGCCGCGAAGGGAAGCCGCUCCUCCUCCGUCACCAGCGCUGCUGCCACCAGCGGGCGGGGAAGGGGCAGCGUGGGGAUGGCGGUGUCAGCGCGUAGGAGCCGGCGGCUGCUGAGGUACUAAAGGCAAGUGUGGACUGUAACAUCUCCUUGGUUUAGCCAGUUUGAGAUUGAGAAUGGCAGGCUUCUCUUCCUUUGGAUGAUGCUUCAUGCAGAAAAUACAGUAAGGCUCUUGGAGUGUCAGGGUGAAAUCGGAAUUGAACCAUAUUCUAAAAGAAUGAAGUCAACAGAAGGGGCUUCUGAGAAACUCCCUGCUGAUGAUAACGAAGGUACUCAGAAGAAAGUGGAUGUUGAGAGAAAAUCAAAUGGUUGGAUACCUACAUGUGCCUUAGACAACCAAGGACAACGUGAAAUGCAGAAGCAAAAGAAAAUACCUACGGGUGUCUUGGGAUCUUUGAGCAAAGUUCUCCCUGAAAAUAAUCCAGUGCUUUGUCAGCCAAUUAAUUUAGAAACUGCGCAGAAUAUAAAUCCUCCAUUUACAUCAAUGAAUGACUCUAAAGUUGAAGAAGAGAAGGACCUUUUUAUUACACAUAGUGCUGGUGAAGAUAAUGUUGAAAAAAGCAGUGCAUCAUUCUCAGUAAAUAGAAAUCAAUUGGAUGAAGACUUUUUCACGAGCAAAGAUUUUAUAGGACCAAUUUACAAGCCUCCCAAAAGUAACAAGCAGGACAAAUCUGGCAAUUGUAAUGAAUGUAGUAACACUGGAGGAGAUGAAAAUGAAUUAAAUGAAAACAGAUGUAAAAGAAAGGAGGUGAAGAAGAUGCAGGCUGUUUCUGCCACUGUACCAGAAAUAGAUGAUCAACUGGAUCAGUUCUAUAAAGAAAUUCACCAGCUGGAAAAUGAAAAUUUAGAUACUAAUGUUCAAGGAAAAGAAACUGAAAUUUCUGAGGAACAGCACUCUUCAUUUAACUCUAGUCAGAGCUCACAAGAGAAUUAUCAGCCUGUACUUUUGGGUAGUCCACACCCAUUUUACGAGAAUGGACAGUGUUCUUUGGGGGAACAGAACAGUCAGAAAACAAACAAUGAGCAGCAGUUAGUUGUGGAAACAGGUGGCUGGAAAACUGAAAAUACCUAUAAUGGCCAAAUAGAUACUUGGAACUGCUCAGUGCCUGAAUUCAGACCUGCUUGGCAGGCUAGAGCAUUUUUCAAAAAACCUCAGGGAUGUUUUCCUCCUAGAUUCAACCAUCAAUCCCAUUUCCAGAUAUUUGAUGCCGCACCACAAAUCCCUUGUCAGAAUGGGGGACGGACUUAUGAAAGUUACCGUGCAAAUACUGAUAUCAACAGUCAUGGUCCAUUGCUUGAUCCAAAUACCCACUAUUCUGGUCAUACUGACAUCCAUACUACUCAGGUCUUCAGGAAUGGGAAUAAUGAUCAGAAUGGACCCCAAAGUAAUGGUUUCUGUGAAACCAGAGAAGAGUGUUGGAAUGAUCCAAAAGCUGACAGUACAGAAGGAAUGCACAACUUUUCUUCAUUGCAGUUAUCUGAAGAAAAAUUCAGUUGUUCACAGAAAUUGCUUGUAAUCUUAAGAGGCCUACCAGGUUCAGGGAAAUCAACACUUUCUCGUGUUCUGCUUGGUCAGAGUUGUGAUGGCAUUGUGCUCAGCACUGAUGAUUAUUUUCAUCAGCAGUAUGGAUACACCUAUAAUGCUGCUCAGCUUGGUGAUGCCCAUGAGUGGAACCGGAAGAGAGCAAAGCAAGCAAUGGAGCAGGGAAAAUCUCCAGUUAUAAUAGACAACACUAAUACUCAAGCCUGGGAAAUGAAGCCUUACGUGGAAGUGGCUCUAGAAAAAGGAUACAGAGUGGAAUUCCAUGAGCCAGAUACUUGGUGGAAGUUUGAUCCUGAAGAACUAGAAAAGAGGAAUAAGCAUGGAGUCACUCGUGAGAAGAUUGCUCAGAUGUUGGAACGAUACGAAUAUCAAAUAUCCAUCCCUAUUGUCAUGAAUUCAGUAGUACCUCCCCACAAAAACACUCAAAGACCACCUCUGCAGAGAAGACAUAGGUGGGGAGACCAUACAGACUCAUGGAGUUCUUUCAGUAUUUCCAGUAGCCAGUAACACAGUUGCAGUCAGUUAAUAAGAAUCUGUUAUUUGCCCUUUUGAAACACAUCAUCACCUCCAAUAAUGUAGUGAUUUUCUGUGUUUUAAAUAGGCCUGUUUAAAGAGCCAUUUUCUUCUGGAGGUUGUUCUUUUUAAUGGACUUGCAUGUAAAUAAAAUUGUACAUUUAAUGAUUUUUAAAAACUAUUAAAGUUGUAAGACUGUGGAUUUUAGUAAAAUAUUUAAUGUAGUAUGGCAUAUAGCAGAGUCUUUCUUCGGAAAUCUAAGACAAUGAUGUCAUAUAUUAGAUAACUGUUGAGCAGUUUUUUUUAAAGAAGGGGUCAUAUUAAGGAACUUUUAAAAGAGAAGUAAAGCUCAAGAAGAAGAGUUUAUUUAUGUAAUAAUCAAUUUUAAUGGUAGUUAUUUAGUCUUCUUACCUUUCUGGAGAUUUUUUUGAAAUCAGUUAUGUUUUGGAUUGUCCUUUAGUUCUAUUUGACAUGUAUUGCCAAUUGGCAAAAUUUUGGCAUGUGUGUUUUGAUUUCAGUUAACAGGUUUAAUUUUUUUUUGUUGCUGUUUUCUUGGUUUUUUGGGGCUUUUCCUUUCUAUUUUGGUCUCAUAAGUCCAUGUUGCAGUGAAGCAACAUUCUACCAGUACAGUAUUUGCCACUCAUAAACUGUGCAAUCUGAAUUGUUUUUUAUUUAUUCUCAUCAGUAGUAUAUCAACUAUGAUGAUGUUGGCACACCACCAACUUGCUUUGUGCUGACUGAAAAAAGCCCUAAAUAUUUUAAAACUGAACUACUGAAACCACUGAAAUUUCACAGUUGUGUCUAAGUCAGUUUCUUUCAUUUGUGAUAAAAAUGAAGUUUUAAAUAAUUAGGCUGUCAAUUCCAAGUCCACAGUUGAGAUGAAUCAAUUCAAUUUAAAUAGUGGAUAUAAUUCUGUAAAACCAUCUUGCAUUUCCAAUUUUGACAUAGCAAACAUAAUCUGUUUAGCACAUAACAAAGAAUGAGCCAGCAUGGAGACUGACUAACUUAUUGCUCUUUUUCUCUUAAAAAAAAAUGAAUUUGUAAGUGUUCACUUUGCCUUUUUUCUAACAGCUUGCUGUAUUAAUAAAAUAUAUUUGUGUUCAGUAUUGUUGAAGUAGUUCAGUGUAACAGUUUAUAUUUUCAGGCUUGUAGGAUUUUAUACAGAUGAGCAUUAUUACUAAUGCUAGCUGAAAUAACCUUAUACUCGACUUGUUUAUACACUGAAUGACCAAAUGUUGACUAGAAAAUCUUGUUAAGAACAUGAGUAUAUAACUAAAAGAAUUUAGAUUGUUAUCUACUACUCAUUUUGUGUCACAGUAUCAGAAUUUUGAAAAUUGCAGAGCCAGCAUAAUUUUUUUUAAUUGUAGACAAUUUUUAAAUAGGCCCUAAAAAUUACUUCAUCAAGGAAGUCUGAAUACCAUGAGAGCUGAAAAUCCAGGUAUAUAAUGAAGUAUCUUUCUGUGGUUUUCUACACCUAUUGUGCAAAUUUAUGUUUUAAUUAUUUGAAACAGAAUUUAAAAUAUCUCACUAGUGCAUGCAUUGUUAGUAUAUUGAAUUAUGUGUAUGUGCAGAAAAGAGACUCCCCAACUAUAUUAUCUUCCUUCAUUGUCUGUUAUUCAUCUCAAGUAUCUUACUGUAUUUUAGUUUUCAUUGUUACCUUUUUCCAUGUCUCAAAAGAAUCAUAGAUAUUAUUGUAAAUGCUCAAUAAUACUUCAAUUAUGCCAAAGUUUUUAUAUUUAAACAUGAAAGCACAUUUCAAGUGUGGGGGAGAGAAAAAGGUUUUAGACUCCUUUACUCUGUUUUACUGUAAGCUAUAUCGGUAAAAUUUAUUGAGGCUUAUGUAAUAUUCACGCAGUGCUAAAGCAUGGCAAAAAAGAGCUGAUUAUUGAAGAUUGAAAUGGGACUGUGUAGCAGUAUCUAUUUGAAUAGGUACUAAUUUGUACUGUUUUAAGAUGGUGCAGCUUUUCUUGGGAUGCCUUUUUAAUUAUUGGUGCAUGGGAGCGUUUUUGCUGUGCAAAGCAUGCUGAUAAAUUGCCCUGCAGUUUGAAAGGGACACUUAGGAAAGGGAAGCUUUGCAAUUUAUGUAUCAAACAUUUGUAAAUUGCUUCAUCUGUACAGUUGUAUUCUAAGGUAAGUACAGUGACAUGGUAGGUGAAAACACCCUGGCAUUAAUGUCACUGUAGUACUUCUCUGUUUCAUGGUGUAAUCAUAUUUUAUGAGGAUAUGACAGUCACAGCUCACAGACAGACAUAUAUCUCAGAAGUUGAUUUUACUCUAUACUAUUUAUAGGUUAAAAAAUACAUGAAAUGCAUGUUACAGGUACUGAAUUUCUCAUGCCCUCAAAACCAAGGAAAAUUAGUUAUUUGCUCAAAAUGUUCAAGAAAUGUAAGAUCCUUAGCUAGACAGGGGAUCUGAAAAUUCUUACUGUCUGUACUUUCUGGACAGUGUUUUUGUUGAUUAUGAUAAUGUAACCAGAAUGAAGGUUUCCCACAAAUAGCUAGUUCAUCAUAUUUCAUGAGAUAAUAAUGUCAGGUUGUUUCAUUUUGUUUUUUUUUUUAAUUUAAUGCAUAGAGCCAUAAUAUUAUACAUAAAAUUCCUAAGUUUCUCCUACAUACUUGAAACUAGUGGAAUGUUUGGUAAGUAAAUGUAAGACUUUUCUAAGCAUGAAAAUUAAUUUGUAGAACAUACAUAAAUUGGUUCAUUCUCAAGGCAUCAAUAUAGCAGACCAUUUAACCUCAGCUGUAUAGAAAAAAGUAGUUAUAGUUUUACUGCUUCAUCUAAGCUGCUGUUCCCUGAUUUCUUGGUUUACAUCCUGAAUUACCAAAAGUUUUCAUCAGCAUUCUUUGUGUGAUUUAGUUUUCAUAUUUUAGUUUUGUAUAGAUAAGAAAAAACUUACCACCCCAAGACCAAACCCCAAAAAGCCUGUGUGCUGGUUUUGGGUGGCAUAAAGUUAGUUGUCUUCAGAAUAGCAGGUCUGGGACUGUAUUUUAGAUUUGCCCUGGAAACAGUAUUGAUAACACAUGGGUGUUUUUGUUAUUACUGAGCAGUGCUUACACAGCAUCAAGGCCUUUCUGCUCCUCACAGAGAGUUGGGAGGGGACAAAGCUGGGACAGCUGACCCCAGCUGACCAAAGGGAGAUCCAAGACCUUAGGCAUCACACCUGGUAUAUAAAGCUGGAGGAAGAAGGAGUGAGGGGGUUUGGAAUGGUGGUGGUUGUCUUCUGAAGUAACAGUUCCAUGUGAUGGAGCCUGGCUUUUCUGGGAGAUGGCUGAACACCUUCCUGGCUGUGGGGAGUGGUGAAUGAAUUCCUUGUUUUGUUUUGUUUGCAUGUGCUGCUCUUGCUUUACCUGUUAAACUGUACCAUGAAUUUUCUCUCUUUUACUCUUCUGAUCCUCUUCUUCAUUCCAUCGGGAGAGUUGUGUGAGGGGCUGUGUGGAGCUGAGGUGACAGCUGGGAAUAAACCAUGACAAUCUGGUGUAACACUGCUAAUUUUUUUAAGAUGUGAUGUUAAAUUAUCUCCUGUUAGGAAUCCUGUAUUCUGUUCUUGUUGCCAUACCCUCUUGAGGUUAAUUUUAAUCUAGUUUGCCAUGAAGUGUAAUUUUUUAAGCUUUUUGCAUUUAAGAAGGCUAAGAUUUCGUCUGUCAUCUGUCUCUUGAAACACUUUGCAGAGAUGGUUGCUUCUCUGCUAAUAGAUCACUGAAAACAAGGCUUUCUCUAGCUGGGAUAAAACCCAUAACAUUUAUAUUUAAGUGUUUUGUGUAUUUUUCCUGUUGUAAUUUAGACUUGGUAUUUUCUUCUUUUAGCUGAACAGUAAGUUUAAUUCUUAGUGAAUUAGAAGAAUUCUUACAUUCAUGUGUGACAUGUAGUUUUAACUGCUUCUUUCUCCUAGCAAUCAUAUUUUCUGGAGGAAAUGUUUUUGCUCAGUGCUGGUACAUCAUGGAGAUGAGGUGACUAGGUGUAUGUUGAGACUUCAAAAGAACAGAUACAUGUAUUACAAUUCCCUGUAAAAAGCAUUAGGAAGACAGUGUUGAAAUGAAAUUGAAAGUAAGCCCUCAUUUUGAGUGAUCAUAUGUUUCAUGUGGAUCAGAUGUAGAAGUAUUUCUCUUCAGUGUUUCUAGAUUGAUGCUUAUCUCAUUUUAAUGUUCUCAUCCUUUUAAAAGAAAAGCAAGAGCAGAGAAUAAAGCUCUGUUAAUAUCCUAGGUGAAGAUCUUGUACAUCAAUAAAUUUAUUGUGUUUUUUUUUUCUUUUUAUAGGCUAUUUGGUUGAAAUUAGCUUCAAAUCUGCUUAUUUUGAGUUCACAUAAAAAUGUGUGAAAACAUAAUUGGUCUUAUUUUGAAAAAAAAAGUAAGUAACAGUUUGUCAAGGUCUGAUCAUCUCAAGUUUGUUUUAAUUUAUUACUGUAGUAAUGGAGAAGCUGCAGAUGGUGGUUUUUGUUUGAGGUAUGCUGUCAGUGUAAUUCUAGAUCAAGGAUAAUAAAAGCAUUGAAGUA